AGACACUUUCCAGUCUUCUUGUUUUAACUCAGGAAAGAAAGUAUCUCAAUGCUCUCGCUAUCAUAUGUCUCUGUGCCGGACCGUAUCCGAACGUCCGGCUCCUGCUGGCAUGAGCGCACACAUGUCGACCCAAAGAGCGUGCCCGGAAGACAAGGCGACUGGUGUGUUAACCCUCUUGGGAAUGCCAGCCUACGGAACGAGACCCGAAGAAUGAACCGAGAUGAUGAACAAGUUAGAGAAGCGAGCAGUUGGAGAGGACUCUCGCGAGAGUUCUAUCCAAGACGCCUCUCCCUCUGGGUCUCUGUCUGAACUGGAC